UGUUGAUCGAAUUUGGAAUCCAAAUUCGAAUUAUCAAGAAGGAAAAAAAUGUCCUCUGCGUUUUAGCAUGCAGGACAGGUUUAGGUGGACGAAACGUUUAUUAGUUGCUGCAUUAUUUUUGAUUUUUAUACUUGUAUGUCGCCAAGUGUUUGAGGAGAAUUUUUACUUCAAACCCUUCACUGCUAGCAAUUUAUAGGACCGAAAAUGAAACAUAAGGUUUCAUAUUUCUUCAAUCCAGAUGUGGGUAAUUUCCAUUAUGGCACUGGACACCCCAUGAAACCUCAUAGGCUAUCGGUCAUACACAGUUUAGUUCUAAAUUACGGCUUACACAAACACAUGUCUAUAUACAGGCCUUAUAAGGCAAGUGCACAUGAUAUGUGUAGAUUUCACUCCGACGAAUAUAUUGACUUUCUGCAAAGGGUAACGCCACAAAACAUACAAGCUUUCACAAAACACUUGAGCCACUUUAAUGUAGGGGAUGAUUGUCCAGUUUUCCAUGGACUAUUUGAUUUCUGUUCCAUGUAUACAGGAGCAUCUCUUGAAGGAGCUAUGAAGUUAAAUAAUAAGGACUGUGAUAUCGCCAUAAAUUGGUCAGGGGGGCUACAUCAUGCUAAGAAAUUUGAGGCUUCAGGAUUCUGUUAUGUGAAUGAUAUUGUGAUAGGAAUUUUAGAACUUCUCAAAUAUCACCCUAGAGUUCUGUAUAUCGAUAUUGAUGUCCAUCAUGGUGAUGGGGUACAAGAGGCUUUUUAUUUGACUGAUAGAGUUAUGACAGUUAGUUUUCAUAAAUAUGGAAACUACUUCUUCCCAGGUACUGGAGAUAUGUAUGAAAUUGGAGCAGAAAGUGGAAGAUAUUAUUCUGUCAAUGUACCCUUGAAGGAAGGCAUUGACGAUCAGAGUUACUGGAUGGUGUUCAAACCUGUCAUAUCGAAUGUGAUGGAAUUUUAUCAACCAACGGCUAUAGUUCUUCAGUGUGGUGCUGAUUCUCUAGCGAACGAUCGUUUAGGCUGCUUUUCUCUGAGUACAAAAGGGCACGGAGAAUGUGUCAAAUUUGUCAAGAACCUCAACGUCCCCACUUUGGUAGUCGGGGGCGGCGGUUAUACAUUGAGGAAUGUAGCUAGAUGCUGGACCUAUGAGACUUCUUUACUGGUAGAAGAACAAAUUUCGAACGAAUUGCCAUUCACAGAGUACCUCGAAUUUUUCGCUCCAGACUUUACACUCCAUCCGGAAGUGGUGACAAGGACAGAAAAUGCUAAUAGUCGACAGUAUCUGGAAGCCAUAACCAAGUUCACUUACGACAACUUGAAAAUGUGUCAGCACUCUCCGAGCGUACAAAUGCACGAUGUACCGGGCGAUGCAAUCCUGAAGGAUGAAAAGGUGAAGGAAGAGGACGAUCCAGAUGUGAGGAUCAGUCAGGAGCUCGAAGAUAAGAUGGUCGAGCCCAAAAACGAAUUUUACGAUGGAGAUAAAGAUAACGAUAAAGACGAAGCGAUGGAAACUUGAUUUUCGAUAUCGUUAUGCAAAGAUUUUAGAUUAAUUUACUGCGGUUCAAUUUUAAAUAAGAUUUUUUUAUGUCAAUUUUAAUGUUAAUAGUCCUUGUAUCAAAUCAAUAAAUUAUGCGAAUUCUUAUGGA